CCUUCUAAGAAAACAGGUAGAACAUUACUCAGGAUAAACCAACACGUAUACACACACGCAGGUACAGGUACUAACAGCUCUCCUCUGUCCUGACGAACACAUGACUGAGUCUACAUGAUUGUGUCAGUCAUAUUCUGCAUAACUUUGUAACAGCUCAUGUUAAUGUGACUGUUUUUUCACAGGUGAAAUUGAAUUAAGCCAAAGCGUAUCUGUUCCAUCUCUAUUUUGGUUCUGACCAAGUGGGUAUUGCUCUACAAAUGGAUAAUGGAGACUGGGACCAUAGGAUGAGUACUCCUGUUACCUUAAAUGUGGGGGGCCACCUGUAUACCACCAGUUUAUCCACGCUGCAGCGCUAUCCAGACUCCAUGCUGGGUGCCAUGUUCCGGGGAGAUUUCCCCACAACUCGCGAUUCCAAAGGGAAUUAUUUCAUCGAUCGCGAUGGGACUCUGUUCCGGUACAUCUUGAAUUUCCUGCGGACAUCUGAGCUCACCCUCCCCUUGGACUUCACAGAGACAGACCUCCUCAGGAAAGAGGCGGACUUCUACCAGAUCGAACCUUUGAUCCAGUGCCUUAACGAUCCCAAGCCACUGUAUCCUCCGGACAUCUUCGAGCAGGUCGUGGAGCUCUCCAGCACUCGGAAACUGUCAAAAUAUUCAAACCCAGUCGCCGUUAUCAUCACACAGCUCACCAUAACAACGAAGGUUCACGGCCUGUUGGAAGGUAUUUCCAACAACUUCACCAAGUGGAACAAACACAUGAUGGACACCAGAGACUGCCAGGUGUCGUUCACCUUUGGACCAUGUGACUAUCACCAAGAGGUGUCCCUCAGGGUUCACCUCAUGGACUACAUCAUGAAACAAGGCUUCACCAUCCGCAACACGCGCGUGCAUCACAUGAGCGAGCGCGCGAACGAGAACACGGUGGAGCAUCACUGGACUUUCUGUAGACCAGCUCACAAAGUUGAAGACUGAGUUACAGCAGGGUCUUUGUGGGUGAAAUUACUGUCUGAUUUGUCUUCAUAUAACACAAGUCAUGAUCAAAAAGGAACACAUUUUGACCUCUUUUUCAGUAGUGUGUCACUAAUAAUCAUUUCUUCCCCAAUAAAGAUAAAUGUGGCACAGUAGCACAAGAAUCAAAGUCCAGACAGAUGGCAUAAAAACAUUGAAAAUGUGAAUUCUUGAUUUUUUUUUUUAACCUGUGCUACAUUUUUGACAUUUUUUAUAUAUAUUUCAGUGACGUUAAAGUCUUUUACAGCUUUUCUUAUGAAGCAGAAGUACCCUAUAUCAAUGAUUUGACUAUGAUUUUAUUUAUUUAGGGAUGAAUUAAACAUCCCAACAAUGCUAAAAAAUAUAGGUAAAAUGAUUUUUAUAGGAAUAAUUGUGAUUUAACGUGGUUCCAAUACCUGCAUCUGUUUAUUCUGAAAUCAGGAAAAAAAAUGUGAACAGGUAAUCACAAUUUGAGACUUUGAUGCCUGCAUAGAUGUGCAUGUUUUGGACUUCAGUUUCUGAACAAAGACCUUUUCUCAAUUCUGAGUUGUCAGUAGUGAACCUUUUUUUAAGAAUAAUAAAAAAUAAUUUAUGAAUAGCCCAAUUUACAGUAGAUCUUAAUAUUAGUCUUUUAGCUCUCUUCUGUCCUUGUAUGGUACUGUUUCUGAACACCUUAGUCGUUGUUGCAUGUGUCAAAGUGUCUUGUGUUUGUAUAUGUAUAUGUGCGCUUUGCAGUAUUAUGUCAUACUGUUACAGUUUAGAGCUCAUAUCAACAGUGAUGUGUUUGGUCAUUCCAGCCAAAAUAAAUCCAUUUGUGUGUCAUCA